CUCUCUCAACACCAUUACAGCUCCAGAUCUCUCCUCUUUCUCCAGUUUCUGAACUUAUUGUAGACGCUCUUUGAAGAUAGAAGAAAAGCCCUAAUUCCAGCAAUUAAGUUGGUUAUGCUGUAAAUCUUCUCCACCAUGGCACUCCGUACAUCUAAUUUAUGCUGCAAUGAUUACGUUACCUUUAUCAGCAAUUGGAAGAGCGUACGCUGUUCGCAGAGUUUUUCGGUGUUUCAUCAUGUUCCUUCAGCUCUUCCUAAGCAAUGUGAAAUUCGGCUGGUUAAAUCGUCUAAUGGAGGAUCUGGAUUUCUUUUGCCCACUAAUCUUCGUCAUGUCGUUUCAAGAGAUGGAAAUUUCAGGCCUUGCAAACAAGCAUCUAGGAAGCUCUCAUUUGGACCCUAUCAAUUGAAAGCUGAGAAUUCUAGUGGUGAAAGCAUCACACUUGAUGCAGAAACUUUGGAGCAGGACCUUCAAACCGCCAUUGCAAAUGAAGACUACGCAAGAGCUGCAGAAAUCAGAGAUACCUUGAAAGCUCUUCAAGAGGAUAGCAAAACUCUAGUAUUGACAGCCAAUGCUAAGUUUUACGAAUCAUUUCGGACUGGGGAUCUUGCUGCAAUGCAAACUCUUUGGGCACGAGGAAAUAGUGUUUGCUGCGUGCACCCGGGCAUGAGAGGGAUAUCUGGGUAUGACGAUGUCAUAACGAGCUGGGAGUAUGUAUGGGCAAAUUAUGAGUUCCCACUGGAGAUUCAGCUAAAGGACAUGCAAGUUCAUGCACGAGGAGAUGUUGGAUAUGUUACAUGCGUGGAAUUGGUGAAGACGAAAGGUAGCAGUUGGGGGGGACAGUUUGUUACUAACGUAUUUGAGAGAAUUAAUGGUCAAUGGUUCAUCUGUAUUCACCAUGCUUCACCUAUAGAUUUGUAACAAAACUUUUCCAAAUCAUACAUUUAAUUCAAACGCUUCAAGAAGAUUGAAUUCUUUUGUAUCA